AUGGGAGUUCGAGGAGCAUUCCAUCUACUACUCGUGUGCCUGAGCCCAGCACUGCUGUCUGCUGUAAGGAUCAACGGGGAUGGCCAGGAGGUCAUGUACCUGGCGGAAGGUGACAAUGUGAGGCUAGGCUGCCCCUACAUGCUGGAUCCUGAGGACUAUGGUCCCAAUGGUCUGGACAUUGAGUGGAUGCAAGUCAACUCGGAACCCUCACAUAGGGAAAAUGUGUUUCUAACGUAUCAAGACAAGAGGAUUGGCCAUGGCAACCUCCCCCAUCUGCAGCAGAGGGUCCGCUUUGCAGCCUCAGACCCCAGCCAGUACGAUGCCUCCAUCAACCUCAUGAACCUGCAGGUAUCUGACACAGCAACCUAUGAGUGUCGGGUAAAGAAGACCACCAUGGCCACCAGGAAGGUCAUAGUCACUGUCCAAGCACGUCCUGCGGUACCCAUGUGCUGGACCGAAGGCCACAUGUCCAAGGGCAACGAUGUGGUACUGAAGUGCUUUGCCAAUGGAGGCUCUCAGCCCCUCUCCUACAAGUGGGCCAAGAUCAGUGGGCACAGCCACCCCUACCGAGCUGGAUCCUACCACUCCCAGCACAGCUUCCACUCUGAGCUUUCCUAUCAAGAGUCUUUCCACAGCUCCAUCAACCAAGGCAUGGGCAAUGGGGACCUGGUGUUGAAAGGUGUCAAUGCGGAUGAUGAUGGGCUUUAUCAGUGCACAGUGGCCAACCACGUGGGCUACAGCGUCUGUGUGGUGGAAGUGAAAGUCUCAGACUCCCAGCGUGUAGGCAUGAUCGUCGGCGCGGUGCUGGGCUCUUUGCUCAUGCUGGCCUGCCUGGCACUAGGCAUCUGGGGGCUCAUCUGCUGCUGCUGCGGAGGCGGCGGGGCUGGUGGUGCCCGCGGUGCCUUCGGCUACGGGGUCGGCGGCGGGGUCGGCGGCGGGGCCUGCGGCGACAUGGCUAGUGAGAUCAGAGUGGACGCCGAGGCGCCCGGGUGCAAGGCCAGCGGGCGCGGCAGCCGCGUCACCCAUCUCCUGGGGUACCCGACGCAGAACGUCAGCCGCUCCCUGCGCCGCAAGUACGCGCCUCCGCCCUGCGGCGGCUCCGAGGACGUGGCCCUAGUGCCCCGCACAGCCUCCGCAGCCUGCGAAGCGGGCCCUUCCCCCGUCUACGUCAAGGUCAAGAGCGCAGAGCCGGCCGGCUGCACCGACUGUGCCCAGGUCGAGCAGCGGUCGUGCAAGGACGGCCUCUUAGUGUGA